GGAAGAAAGCUAAUUCCUCAAAACCCUAAACCUCCAGGAACCUUGAAUUCUUGCUGGUUAAUCGUUAAUCCUAUUCAAUUUUUUUUUUUUUUCGGAAAACUCAUUGAUUUUGCUGUUAUUUUACGAAUGGCUCAUCGUUUCGUCCGAUCAUUACGAGGAACACUGAAUUAUCUUGCCCUGCAACAAUCGAAACCUGUUGGUAAUGUUUUCCAAUCUUCAUCCAGGACUUACGUUGCUGAAAUGCGAAAGUCCGCGUUCGAAGGUAACAUUCUCAGGCUCAUACGCAAUGAAAUCCAGUACGAGCUCGACCGCUCUCCUCCCUUACAGCCUACAUCAGAAUUUCACGCAUUCAAGGUCGAUGAACGGCCAGGAGAGCAGUGGAUUAGAUUAAGCAGGAAAUUUGGAGAGAAUGAAGAGAUCAAAGUCGAAGUAACUAUGUUUGAUGGAUCUCUUCCCAUAAAAAAAACUAGUGACAUUGCUACAGAGGAUGAUGUGCAGCUUCACAUUACUAUCAUCGUUGACAUCUUUAAGGGAGAGGACAAUGAUGUUCUGGAAUUUGUUUGCUCUGCAUGGCCAAACAGCAUUGAGAUUCGCAAUGUCUUUACACGUGGACAUAAUAGAAUAAAGAUUCAGCCCUAUACUGGACCUGGAUUCAAGGAAUUGGAUGAUGAACUGCAGGAUUCACUUUACGACUUCUUAGAGGCGAGAGGUAUAAAUGAUGAGCUUGCUGAAUAUUUGCAUCAAUACAUGAAGAAUAAAGAUAAAACCGAGUAUAUCCGUUGGAUGGAAACUCUCAAAUCUUUUGUUGAGAAGAAUCCAAAGAACUAAUUAAUCUAAUUCUUUGAGACACUGGUUCCCAGGUCAUGAUAGCUCUCACUGCAGAAUUACCAUUCCUGUAAUGUAAGUUCUUUAAUCUUCAUUUUGUGUACCAUUUCAAAGAUUAUUGAAAAGUAGUACGAAUCAUCUAGGAUAAUGUUUAGUCUUCUUGUCUUCCUAACCUGGCAAAUAUUUUGUUGUGUUCUCGUUUUAAACCAUCUAUGUGAUGUAGUUUGACUGGAUCUAAAUCAAUUCUCCUUUUUA